AUGAAUAAAAAGAAUAGAAAUCGUUCAAAAGCUCUGAAAUCUAAAGAAACAGACCCUAAAAUUUUAGAUUUAAAAGAUAAAAUUUUGAAAACAACUAAAUUAGAAGUAGAGGAUUUAAAAUUGAUUUAAACUUUAAUAGAUGAGUAUUAAUUGUAAUCAUUCAAUUUAAGUCUUAAAGAUUUAUUUGAUGGUUGUAUAUGGAAAAUAAUUUUUGUAUGUAAAUUCUAAAACUAUUUUAAAAAGAAUAAUUCAUAAAAAAAUUAAGAGACUUGAGCUAAUAUUUUAAUGGAAUUUUUUCUUUAAUAUUUUAAUUGGCAAAUGGCACAUUUUAUCGAUAAGAUGGUUUUGAAACAUAAUGGUAUUUUUUGUAAUAAAUGCAAAUGUAUUAAGUAUUUUUUGUAAGUUCAAUAAAAGAAAAAUAAAUAAUGCUUUUAUUCGAAUGUGCAGUAUUAAGAACACCGAAAUUCGAUGAUUAAAAAGUAAAAUUAAUUCUAUUUUAGUUUGAGCAUUUUGAGUUUAUUCAUACAAUAACAUUUAUAGAUGUAUUUGUAAAAAAUUAGAUAAACGAUUAAAUAAUUAAUAUUGUAAUUUAAAAAUAUUAAGAAUAAAAUUUACAAGAUCCAAGAAAAUAAUUUCCAAUUAAUUUAAAAGAAAGUCAAGUUAAAGGAUAAUUUGAUAAAAGUGGAAAGUCUUUAAAUAUUUUUCAGUUGUUUUUAAAAAAUGAGGAUUAGAAUUGGAGUAUAUUCUAAUUUAAAAAUCAUUAUCAAAAAGUAUGUUAUUGGUAUCCUAACAUUUUUGAUGAUUUGAAAAUAAAUGAUAUUAGUAAUUUAGUGAAAGUUGAUGAUUAAUAUCUUUAAAAGGAUGAAGAAUAAUAUAUAUAAAAAAAAGAAUAAAUAUAAUAAAAGAUCUAAAACAAUUCAUUAAUACUUUAAUCAUUAGAAAAUUGUUAUUAACUUUCCAAAAUAUUGGAAAUGGUUUAUCAUUUGUCUGAACUAUCAAUGAAAAUAACAAAUUAAGAAUUAAAAGUAAUUGAUACUAAUUAAAAUGCUUUAGUCAUUGGUAGAAGUGGAACAGGGAAAACAACAUGUACCAUACUUAAGAUAUUAACUUAAUAAUUAUUAUUUUUAAUUUCUUAAUAGAAUAAUAAAAAUUCAAACCAAUUCAAUAUAGUAUUUACAACGUCUAAUUCUUUAUUAGUAAAUGAAAUGAGAAAGUAUUUUAAGAAAUUAUUAAAUAUUGGAAAUUCAAAGGUCAUUUAAAAUGAUUUCAAAAAUCUACAAGAAAAUUUUGAAAUAAAUUAAGUUAAGUUUUUGUUAGAAAAAAUGUUAAAGAGUUUUUCCUCUUGGUCUAUAGACAACAAAGAAAGCUUUUUAAAUUCAAAAGAAUGUGAUUUUCCUGCAUUUUUACCUAUUAAUUAAUUUCUGUUAUUUAUUGAUAAUUCUUUAAAGAAUCCAUUUUUUAAAUAGAUAAAAAUUGAAAAAAGAAAGAUUGAUCAUGCAGGAUGGCAUGAUAAAGAAGGUGUUUUUAAUUAAAAUGUUUUAAAUUUAAAUGAAAAUAAUAAAUAAAUUCAAUUCAGAACUGAUUUAGUUUCUUAAUAAUAAUUUGAAUUCUAUGAAGUUGAUUAUGAAUAUUUUUGUAAUUCAUUUUGGAUAACAAUAAGAAAAUAAAAUUUUAAUUUAGAGGAAGAAAUAUCUUUUUGUAAUUUUUUAUGGAGUUAAAUAUAUUCUAUAAUAAAAGGAUCAUAAUUUAGUCAUACAUAUCCUAAUCGUUAUUUACCUGAAUAAGUUUAUUUAAAUUAUCAAUAAUAACAAUAAAUAGAUUAAUAAACAUUAAUAAAAGUUUAUACAUAUUUCAUGCUAUAUGAAAAAUGGAAAAAAUCAUAAGGUUAUUUUGACUAGAUGGAUUUAGUAAAUUAUAUAAUCUAAAAAAUAAAAAUGCAUGAAUAUAAUGGUGUAAGUUUGCAUUUUUUAUAUGUUGAUGAAGUAUAAGAUUUCACUUAAGCAACUUUAUAUUUAUUCAAUUUGAUAGCAGAAUAAAGAAUUAUGUUGUCUGGAGAUACUGCUUAAAAUAUAAUUAAAGGAGUAGGAUUUAGAUUUUAAGAUUUAAAAUAGUAGUUUUUUGGUAUGAAAGAUUUCUAAACUUUUGCAUUAACAAUUAAUUUUAGAUCUCAUAAUGAAAUUUUACAGUUAGCCAAUAACGUUAUUUCAAUUAUAGAAAUUUUAUAUCCAAAAACAAUAGAUUGUUUAAAAAAAGAGUAAUCUCCAAAUUCAGGGACAAUUCCUACUAUUAUUUCUUCAAAUGAUAUAAAUUCUAUUCUUUUUUUAAUGUAAGGUCAAAAUGAUGGAAAAAUUGAAUUCGGAUGUUAUCAAGUAGUUUUAGCUAAAAAUCUUAAGGAAAUUCCUGAAAUUUUGAAACAUCUUAUUAUAUUAAAUAUUUAGGAAUGUAAAGGUCUAGAAUUUGAUGAUGUAAUAAUAUAUAAUUUUUUUGAUGAUGAUUAAAUUCCUUAAAAUUAAUGGGAAUUAUUAAAAUAUUUGAUAAUUGAGAAAGUUGAUGAAGAAAAUAAACUUAAACCAAAACCAAACUUAUAGGCAAUUGAUUUAAAUAAAUAUACAAUUUUAUGUAGUGAAUUGAAAUAUUUGUAUGUUGCUAUAACUAGAGCCAAAAAAAGAAUAUUUAUUUUUGAUAAAAAUCCUAAUUCAAGAAAAUAUAUAGAAAAAAUAUGGACUGACUUAAAAUUAGUUAAUGUUCUUAAAUUUGAUGAAAAUUUUGAGUAAUCUAAUAAAAUUGAACAAUUAAUUAAUAUUAAAAAUUCUGAAAUAGAAUGGAAUGAUUAAGGUAUCAAAAUGUUUCAAUUAAAAUUUUAUGAAUAAGCUGCAAAAUGUUUUAAAUAUUCAAAAAAUUCAGCUAUGGAACACUAAGCUAUUGCUUUUUAAUUAGCAUCUGAAGCUUAAUAAGGUUUAUUUCAAUUAGAAUCAGUUUCCUAAUAGAGUAAUUCUAAAAUAAACAAUCCUAACCAUAAUAAAUAAUAUUAUUUUGAUUUAUUUUUGAAAGCUGGUGAGAAUUUCAUAUAAGCAAAUUAAUUAGAAUAAGGAGCAGCUUGUUAUUUUUCAGGUAGAAAAUACGAUAUUGCAUUAAAAUAUUACUUAUAAGCUUAGUCUUGGAAGUCAGCUCUAACAACUAUUGAAAAACUAAAUAAUUACUAAAUGAUUGCGGGUGUUUUAUAUUGGAAAUGUAAUAAUUAUGAAAGAUGCUUAAGUUCUUUUGAAUCUUUAGGAAAUCCAAUAUUAUUUAUAUAUAUUCUAUCCUUUUUAAGAGUAAAAAUUAAUGAAAGAUUAUUUUAAGCAAAAUUUUAAAUUUGGUUUCCAUUACUAAUUUUAAAAUUAUAAAAAUUGAAAUAUUCGGAUUUAAAUUUAAAUUUAACGAUUUUAAAAGAAAAUGUUCCUGAAUAUAUUACACAAUUUAAGGAUAUAUUAUAAAUUUUAGAAAAUUCUGUUAAAUUAGAAAUUUGUCAGAGAGAAUAAUUAUUAAAUUAAAUAUUUAAUUAUGUUUAUCUUUUCUUAGAUGAUAUUUUACUUUUAAUGACAAAAAUACAUAUUAAUUAUAAUAUAGAAAUUUCAAAAUAAAUUUUAAAAUUUGAAAAACCUACUUCAUAAUAUUUUGUCAAAUUAAAAAUUUAAAUAUUACAAGAUAUAUUUACUUAUUAUAAAUUAGAUUCAUUUUUAGCCUUAUUAUACGAAUGUUAUAAUAUAAAUGAUUAAACUAAAAGAAUAAUCUCAAUGUUCUUCUAGGAUUCUAUAACAGUUAAUAAUGGGAAAAAGCUUAAAAUACCCAAAAAUAUCAGUGAAAUAAACUAAAUAUUUCAAAAUAUUCCUUGUAGUUGGACAUCUAAAAAUUAUCUAUAACUUACAUUUUAAAUUUGUUAAAUGGGAUUUUAUUAGUCAGGAAUAUAUGUAGUGUAACAGAUUUUAUCCUAAAAUAAUUUAUAAGAAUAAUAAUAUCAAUAUUGUUUGGAGGAUCAGAAGGAAAUAAAUUAUAUUUUCUUCCAAACAAAUUACCUUAUAGGUUUUGAAAAAAUAGUUUCUUAACUGGAUUUCUAUUUUUAAUCAUCAAAUGAUAUGAAUGAAUAAUUAAAUCAUAUUGAUGGAUUUUCAUAUAUUGAAUAAAUUCAAGAUAGAAUUGAUAAUAAUAAAUAGUUAGAAAUGGAUGAAAUAUAAUUUUUAUUUUAAAAUAUUAAUCCUUUGGAUUCAUUAAACCUAAUUAAUCCAAUACUUUAAAGUAGACAAUUAUUUGCUGGCAUAAUACUAUUAAAAUUAAUAGUAGAAAUGGAAUAAAAUCAAAAUCAUGUUAUAAAUCAAUAAUUCAAUUAAUUAAAUCAUUUUUAAUAUUAGCAUUUCAUUAGAUUUAUUUAAGUAUGUAUAGAUCUGUGUAAAUUUAACCAAGAUUUAUAUUCUUAAAUAAUUAGUUUAUAUUCAGUUUAAUGUGUAUUUUCUAUAAGAAUAGCAUCAAAAUUAACAGUAAAUCAAUUAUCUUAAACAGUAAUGUUUAUUCAUAAGAACUCAUCAUUAUUUAAGCUUAAAUUAGUAAAUGAAAAUGGUUGUAGAUUUAUAGAUCAUGAAAAAUAAGUUUAUAUAUGUAAUUCAAAGGAAGUUUUAAAUGGUAUAUCUCAAUAUUUGAAAGAUUUUCUUUUAAAAUAUAGUAGAAAAUAUUUUUACAAAGAAUAAUAAAAUAUAUCGAAGGCUCCAUUUAUAAUCUAGCAUUUUACUUAUUUAAGAUUAAAAUAGAAGGAGAAUUAAGAUGUUCCUGAUGGAAUUAAAAAGUUUUAACUAUAUUAAGAAGUUUAUUAUGACUUUUAUUUGGAAAAGUGUGUUAAAUUAUAAAUAAUAGAUUCAUUAUUUACAAUAAUUUCUCAAUGCGCAGAACCUAAAUUAAUAUUAACAAAAAGAAUGCUUGCUGAAUUAUCAACUUAUUACUUUUUUAAAGGUUUAUAGGAAUCAACUAUAUAAUAAAUGCAUAAUUAUAUCAUGAUUGGGAUAUGUAUAUAAAAUAUUUCUCAUGAACAACACAUAUCACUUAGAUUUAUUGAUCAUUUAAAAUCAGUUUAAUAACAAUCUCCAUUUAUAGAUAAUUAUGUACAUUAUAUCAAUUAUUUAUAAAUAACGAAUUAUUGUUUUUCUUUAGAUGCUUGUAAUGAAUAUUUUUUAUUUCAUGACUAAUAAAAGGAAUUACUUCAGCCUUAAUAGAUAUUGAAAGAUUUAUCAUUAAUAACACUAAUUUUAACAUUUUAUAACUCAAUUUAAAAUAAUGUGAAUACUGUUUUAGUUCCUGAAUCUUCAUUAAAAUUUCUUUAACACAAUUUAAUAAGUGAUAAUAAUUAUGAGAUAUAAGUUUAAUAAAAAAGUUCUUUAGAAGAUUUAAAUAGCAAAAUCUAAAAGGAAUUGGUAGAAAAAGUUUUUGAAUAAAUAUAAAAAUAGUUAGAUUAAUAAACAUAUCGUGUUUAUUUAAGACUUUUAUUAUAAAUAAUUUUAAAUGUAUCAAUUUUAUGGGAUGGAUUAAGUGAGAGACUUUACGAAAUGGCAGAUGAAUUAGAAUAUGAAAGUUAAGAUUAAGAUUUUUAAAUAAUGGCUGAAUUAGUAUUAAAAUCAAUAGAAGAAAGAAGAGAAUAUCUAUCACCAUUUAGAAAGUUCUGUAAUAUAAAUUUUAAUUCUAAAAAUAUUACGAAGGAAUAGAUUGAAGAUUAUUUAAAUAUAAAAUAUAAAAAGAAAUUAUUAGAAUCAAGAUUUUUAGAUAAAAUGAAUUUUUAGUAUUAAGAAUACUUUAAAAAUAAAUUUUAAAAUAUCUAUAUUGGAUUAAGAUUAAUAUUGUUUAGACCAUUAAGUUUUUAGAAAGGUUAGAUAAUGGAAAAGGAAAUAGAAGAGAAAGUUAUAGGUUAAUUAUAUGAGAAGAUAGAUUUAAUAAGAAAGUAUAAAUAUAUAUAGAGAUAGAUUUUAGAAUGUUAAUAGAGAUUUUAUAUUCCAAAAUAAUUGACAAUUGUGCUCAUUUUAUAGCAAUUACAGAUGAAUUAAAACUAUUGAGUAGUUUAGAAUAGGAUGUUGAUUAAUUUAUAUCAAGGAAUGAAAGAUAAGGAAAUAGGAAGAUAAUAGAACCAUAAUAAUCUUUGAAAGAAUUAGGAUAGAUAUAAGAAUAGAUAGAGAAAUGGAAAUAAUUAAAUUAAGAUUUAAAUGAGAAUUUGAAUUCUUUAGAAUAUUCAUUCUAGAAAUAAUAAGAAGAAGAACAAGAAGCGUUUGAGUUAUUAUAAAAAAGAAUCAGCCAAAUUUUAAAAUGA